UCAACAUUAGUUCGCCCGAGCCGAUGUGCGGCGUGAUGCGACUCGGCGAUUAUCGCAGACAAGACUUGCAGUUUCGCUAAUAGUAUACGAUUUUUAUCGCACAUCGCAAGGAGUCGCUAUAUCGAUUGGAAUUCAAUCUCUGUCUGGUGUAGUGUGGUUGAAACGCUCGACUGAAUGAGAGACUACGAGGAUCGAAGCUCGUUAAUUAAAGGCCGACCGGAAGUCAAGACGAGGAGUGCCACCAGGUGUAGUGUUCACCUACUAACCCCGCGAAGAAACCGCUACUAACAUAAAAAUGCACUCCUAACUAAUCAGCGUGACAGAUUCCGACUACUGCUAUCGUCCACGGGUCGUAGCGCGGUCAUUCCGCGGAACGAUCAUGCGAAUCCUCGAAAAUGCGCAGGACCAACAGCAACGGCCUCAAACUCGACCUGACGGAGAACACGCCAGGUAGCUCAUUGUCGCGGCUGCCGAAUCUGGUCGAGCAUGCGGAGACCUGUCAGGCGCUGUCCGCCGGAACCGGUGAGAAUUUGAGCAGCAAAUUGCCUAACGUGGUCGAGGGCUCGAUGGACUAUGGUAGCGAGCGAAGGUCCUCCCGUUAUCUGGAGUACCAAGAAAUUAAAUCCUAUCAAGACCUCCAAUCGUCCGCUUCAGCGGUGCCGGCCUACGAGGGGGCCUAUCACGAUCAGUCAAGGGGAUAUCGGAACUACGAUCGUAAAGCGGGCGUCGGUUUCGAGCGGGAGAACCUCGAGAGAUACGACAACAGAAUCUAUCCGGAGGACGGGUUAAGAUACGGUGCCGAUCGCCGCGUGGAUCAGCGCACCUACCAGGAAUCGGACCUGGACGCGCCUUACGAUCGAAACGACGCGCAAAAGCUCAGCAGAGCUUAUCCAGAGCUUCAGGAUCCCAGUAGACGAUACUCGCGCGACCUAACUGACUACGAAUACGCAUCGCGUUACGCCGAAGAAACGCUGAAGCUGGAGCCUAAAAAAGAUCACCAUCACCAUCUUCAUCCGGGCAAGAUCUACGAGGCAGCAGCUUCCAAGGGUUAUGAAUCGGGCGUGAAGACUCACGAUUCCGCUUACGACUUGGGUACCUGCGCCGCACAGCAGGAGCCGCCACCUAGACAGUAUGAGAGUAAAUAUCAUUCAGUCAGCAAAAUGUAUGGCACUCUGCCCAGGUACGAGACCAGCAAGUCUUACGAGUCGACCUACGAAUCCAGGCCCACCUUCGAGCCCAAGUAUGAUGAGCAGUCGUAUGAGUGCAGCGGUGGUAAGACCUACGAAUCUAAAUAUGAGCUGACGAGCUCGAAGAGCUACGAGAGGGCCAAGUAUGAGAGCACCUCGUCAUCCAGAUACCCGGACAAGUCGUAUGAUCAGACAUUGAAAAUUGGCGAGCUGGGCUCAUCUUCCUCCGGCGCAUAUGUCAGGAAACACCAGGAUCAGGAAGAGACUGGCGCGGAGAAGAUGAACGGAUACAGGAAGAAUAAUUUUGAGGCUUACGGAGUUUAUUCGGAUCCCGAGGAUGAUCAUGGCUUCCUGGCGGACAAGAAAGCGCCCCAAUAUACUUACAAGGGCGUCGUGGUAAACGUUAGCGGAGAAUCUGCGGUUGUUGAUCAGAAACGAGCUAAAGAUAGCAGGCAAACUGAGGUAAUCAGAAGCCCUUGGUGCAGGCCGACAAUACUGCUGCUCCUGUUGGUGCUCCUGGUCGUCAUCUUUGUUUUCGUCGCUGGAAUACUCUUGUACUUUAAUUACAUGUCCUACAAACCGCGCCAUCCCAUUAUCGAGGGUAAGGAUCUAAAUUUCGCCAGUAAUAACGCGGAACCCUGCGAGAAGAUCUACUGCGCCUGGGGCGCGACGUGCAUCGUUUCCGAAAACGGCAAAGGUCUGUGUCAGUGCUCUACGGAUUGUCCUUUGACUUCCGAUCCCGUCUGCGGCUCCGACGACGUGACCUACACGAACCAUUGUCACCUGCGGCAGGCCAGUUGCCAAAACAGAAAGAAUAUCAGGAUGAAGCACAAGGGCGCAUGCGAAAUCAAGGAUCCCUGCGAGAAGCUGAAUUGCUCGCAAGGUUCGCAAUGUGUGCGAAGCAGGGACGGCAAGGAGGCGACCUGCCAAUGCUUGGAAUCCUGCCCAAAUUUGGGGGAUCACGAGGGAUCGGGACCUGUCUGCGGCACGGAUGGGAUCGACUAUCCGACGCUGUGCGACCUAAAUCGAGCCGCUUGUGAGAAAGGUGCUAACAUUACCGUGGCAUUUCGUGGCAAAUGCGAUCCAUGCGGAGGCAUCGAGUGCUCAAAACCAGAAGUCUGUCAACUGGAUAGUUUGAGGCAACCAGUCUGUCGCUGCGGGGAACAAUGUGGCCUGGAACUUUCGCCGGUUUGCGGAAGUGACGGCAAAACAUAUUCGAACGAAUGCAACCUUCGACAGGAAGCCUGUCGCUCGAGAUUACCGCUCAAGAAAAUUUACAACGGUGCAUGCAGUUCCGGUCAAAAUCCCUGCGAAGCAGCAAAAUGCAACUUCUAUGAGCAGUGCACGAUCAAUCGGCAGGGGAUCGCUAAUUGCGAGUGUCGUCCCGACUGCGAACCGAUAAUGAGGCCCGUGUGCGCCCGCGGCGGAACAACCUACACGUCCAUGUGCGAGCUGAAGAGGCAGGCGUGUCUGACGAGGAACAACAUCGAGGUCGCCUACGUCGGCACAUGCGGCUCCAGAGGACCCUGCUCCGAGAAGAUGUGUCAAUGGGGCGCAAUUUGCGCGGAGAUCGCCGGCAAUGCUGUGUGCGAAUGUCCGACUUGUCCGGCAGAAUUUCAACCCGUAUGCGGCGAUGAUGGCAUCAGCUACAGCAACGAGUGCAAACUUCGCUUGGAGGCAUGUCAGCAUCGACGGGAGAUACGCGUUUUGUAUCAAGGAUUGUGCAAUGGCUGCGAGAAUAAGAAGUGCGAAUUCUACAGCGAGUGCGAAAGCGAUAACGGUGGAGAAGCCAAAUGCGUCUGUCCUUCAAAGUGCGAAACUACGGUGAAGGACCCGCCGGAGGCGGCAAAAGUUUGCGGUUCUGAUGGUGUAACGUACGAUAACGAAUGUUCAUUGAAAAGGGCGUCAUGCAUGAACCAAGUCCUCAUCAACAUUAGCUACGUGGGUGCUUGCGAAUUGUGCGAUCGCGACAGGGUAACAUGCGACCAUGGGGCGCAUUGCGUGGCGGGUGUAUGCGUGUGUCCGAAGGUCUGUCCGGAGAGCAGCGGCGAGCUUGUUUGCGGUAGCGACCUUAAAACUUACCGGUCGGAGUGCGAACUGCAGCAGGCGGCCUGCGGCAGGGACCCCAAGUUGUCGGCGUUGCACGUCAUAUUUUAUGGAGACUGCUCCGAGAGAUUGGCCGCAGCAGCAUUGACGACCAAGUCGACACCUGCGGUGACUCGCGUGGUCACUACCAUCGCCGACGUGACUAGCACGCAGGAGCGGGAGGCAUGCAAGGAUAUUCACUGCGACUUCGAAGCGACUUGUGAGCUCGGCCCGGACAAGUUUCCCAGAUGUAGCUGCAGAUUCGAUUGCGCCUCUAUUUCACCGGAGAAUAUGCGGCCCGUCUGCGGCAGCGACCUCAGAAUCUAUUCCUCCCUCUGCGCCAUGAAAAUGGAGGCUUGCCAGAGGCAACAGGAACUCAGACUGCGACCUCUCGAUCUCUGCCAAGGCAUGGAAGUCAAACCCUGCAACGGCGAUCCUCCGUUAGUGGACUCCGAAGGUAAAGAGUACGACUGUGGUAGUGGACCAGAACGCAAAGACUGCCCUAGCAAUAGUUACUGCCAUCAGACGACGCGAUUCGCUCGUUGCUGCAAGAAAGUUCACGGUAUCCAGGUGGUAAAAUGCGCGGACUCGUGGCACGGCUGUUGUCCGGAUGGGAAAACCGCCGCACUCGGCCCGGACGGUGCGGGCUGCCCGAGUUUAUGCGGUUGCAACCGACUCGGCAGCGUGUCUGACACCUGCAACCCGGAAACCGGUCAAUGCGAGUGUAAGCCUGGUGUGGGCGGUCUCAAGUGCGAUAGAUGUAUGCCGGGUUACUGGGGGCUGCCGAAGAUAAGCGAGGGUCAUCAGGGAUGCAUACCAUGCGGCUGCUCGCUAUUCGGUUCCGUGAGAGAGGACUGCGAACAGAUGACAGGACGUUGCGUUUGCAAGCCUGAUAUCCAGGGACAAAAAUGCACAAUCUGCAACGAUCACAACAAGAUACUCACGUCUACCGGCUGUUACUCAGCGGACAUGAUACCGCCCGUACCAACGAGCUGCAACGAGCUGGAGUGCUACUCGGGCGGCCACUGCACGGAGAUCGGCGGCGUACAUUGCGUCUGUCCGUCUGCCUGCCCGGCGGAUGUACCAUCCGUGCCGGUAUGCGGCAGUGACGGACAGACCUACGACAACGAGUGCGAGCUGCGGCUCUACGCGUGCGGCCAUCAGGCCGACGUGGUCACGCAGGCCUUUGGCCAUUGCAGAGACGAUCCUAUGGUUAAUACGGACUUCCCCGUUAAGAGAUACACAGCUGUACAGUAUACUCAACCAGCAGCCGCCAUUUCUCCAUUGUCCAAAUCCACGCGGCAUCUUUUGGUACCCGAGCCGGACCCACGAUAUUAUUACACCCAUCGAGCUCAUCAAGAAACCAUCACCAUCGACAGAGAUAACUUAAAACAUGGAGUGGCCGCAGUGUAUCGACCGACACCAGCAACGAUUCGAGUAGUCACCGCUCUAUUGGGUGAUCUCUGCAACGACGAUAAAGAUUGUACUAUACCGAACAGCGAAUGCUCAAAAGGCGGCUGUAUUUGUUCCGAGGGCUACGCGGAAACCAGCGAUCGGCAAGAGUGCUUCGCUAAUUACGUUCCGGUGACACCGACUCAAGAAUUUCGCGCGUGUCUUUCUUAUCCCUGCCACAUGACUUCGACCUGCAUCGAUUUGCCCAGCGCAACUUUCGUUUGUAUCUGUCGACCAAAUUACACCGGGCUGCUUUGUGACGAGGAGAUCAACAAGCGAGAUUAUGAGAUACCUUCCUUUGAUGGCAAAAGCUACGUAAGGAUGAAUCGGCUAAAAGCGUAUCACAAAUUCAGCAUCGAGGUUGAGUUUAAAACGUAUGCGGACAACGGAAUCAUACUGUAUAAUCAGCAGAAAAAUGACGGCUCCGGCGACUUUGUCUCGUUGGCCAUUGUCGAUGGAUACGUGCAGUUUAGAUAUAACUUGGGCAAUGGACCCGUGAAUCAUAAGGAUGGAGUAUUAAUUUUCAAUGACGGCGAAGACGUGGCCGGACAAAGUCAGGGAAUGCUAAAGUCUUUGGACUUGAAUCAGGAUACUUUCAUCGGAAACAUGCCAACUAAUUAUACUAAGGUCUAUGACAACAUUGGUACCAACCAUGGACUCCUCGGCUGCAUACGCAAGCUAAAAAUCAAUCGAAACAACAUAGAUCUCCACGUGGGUCACGAUAGGGACGUUCUCGAGAGUUAUCGCGUAAAGGAAUGCGGCGACAAUGCGUGCGCUAAUCUGCCUUGUCAAAACGGCGCGACAUGUCAACCGAUCUUUGAAGAAGACUUAUGUAACGGCCGGGAUUGCAGGAGAUUACAGAAGAGGGGUAAAAACAAGAACAGAGGUGGCAACGGCAAAAGCGGCGGGGUGAACAUAGUCAGAUGCAAGGGUUCUCACUGCACGUCGAUUGAUCAGAAAAGGACCAAGAAGAAUGCGAGGAGAGGCGAAUACGUUUCCGAGCUACAGUACGACAAAAAUUACGACCACGGCAAUUAUGCGGUGGAGAAGUACGAUCCACCGGACUACAGGUGUAUAUGCCCACCGCAAUUCACCGGCAGAAACUGCGAAGAAUCGCUGGAUCCGUGCGUCGGCGAACCUUGCCAAAACGGUGCCACUUGCGACAUCCUGCCGCAAGGAGGAUAUGUGUGCAAGUGUCCGCCUAGUAGAACUGGCGAGCAUUGCGAGAUCCUGGACGCCGAAUUGACAGAAUUGUUGAUUCCCGAGAUGAACGGGAAUGGAUAUUUGGAGUUGCCCUCUUUGGAAGGUGUCGCGAAAGCGUUCUCCAUCGAGUUAUGGUUUCUCACGCGCGCAAAUGACGGCCUACUACUGUACAACGGUCAGCUGAAUAAUGGCAGGGGGGGCGUUUUCAGUCUCAAAUUUGGUUAAGGUCAUCUCGGUAGUGGUAUUGCGAACAUUACGUCGCCGGAUCUGGUCAGUCGAGAUAUGUGGCACUGCGUGAGGAUUAACAGACUCGGCAGAGAGGGUGUUCUUCAGCUUGACGACGGAACCGUCGCCAGGGGAUUGUCUGGAAGUCCUCUUACGGAAUUGAAUCUGGAAAUGCCGCUUUACGUUGGUGGUGUCAAACAUUGGCGAGAAGUUCACCGCCUGUCCGGAGCCUGGACCGGAUUAGUAGGCGCCGUACAGAGACUAAUGGUAAAUGGCAAAACAUAUCAGAACCUCGCCGUGAAUGUUACUCAACACAACACGGAGAUUUACAACGGUCUACCGUGUCCCAGCAACGAGAAUCCUUGCCAUAACGGCGGAGUCUGCCUUCCUCUAUUGAAUAGUUAUCUCUGUAAAUGCGCUAGCGGUUACAACGGCUUGCAUUGCGAAUUCUUUAUGGGCUACGAUGUGUCUGGCACCGAGAUAUCGGAGCGACCUGUACGCUUCGAAGGCGAUAACUUCCUGCAAUUUAAACAUCGCUACGGAAGAAGUACUAACUCGACUAACACUACCCUCGGCGAGUACUUUGAGGAGUCCUACUCCGACUACGACUUGGAGGAGGACGACGACUACGAGUACGACAAUUACGAUUACACGGAACGCAGAGGGCAGCAAUCGAAUAAAUUUGAGCUGCGGCUAAGGACGAUACAUCCUGACGGUCUUAUCGCAUGGGUGGGAAGAGGAAAAUUGGAGCACCUCUUUUUGUCCCUGCAUGAUGGUCACGUGGUGCUCACUUAUAAGAGCAAGAUUGAUGAAGAAAUAUCCGUAAAGAGCAAGGAGAGAGUGGACGACGGAGUCUUCCAUCACAUCCGAGCGUCCAGACGACGAAAAGCGUGUACGAUUCAGAUCGACGAGAAUAUGCCUGUCAAAGUUUCGAUGGAAACAACUUUACUGACAACCAACGGCAAGGUUUUCGUCGGCGGCAAGCCCGGCCAUCGCGGCAUCAAGGGCUGUGUAACGGACUUCAUCGUCGACAAACGUCGGUUACAACUCACUAGACGAAAGAUCGACUUCUGCCACGACAACGACGUAUGAUAACGAACCCCGAGUCCGACGAUCGUCAAUGCGACGUCGAUGUCAAAGAAUCUCGUCGACCCGAUGACACUACCAUCGUCGACGAGUUGAUCGCGCGAUGUGAAUGCGAGCCCUUUACGCGUAAAUCGCACGCGGCGGACCAAAAUCGACGAUCGCCUAAAUAUCAACAACGACAAGUACGAUAACGUAUCCUGACGAUCGUCAACCCCAUCCCAUGUCGUUGGAGACUCGGCAGGCGUCUCUGGUGUUCCCAGAACUAACAGACUACGAAGUGCAACGAAGAUUCGCCGUCGAGACGAAGUGUGAAACAAUCAUGUCCAAUCCGAUCGAGCGACGUAUUGAUUCCUGCCAAAGUUGUGCGAAGAAAUGGUCCUCGUUCACGCGAAUCGCAUCAGGUUCUUGACACAACGUGCGUCUCUCAGGGAAAAGCAAAGCCGCACUCCGGUACAAUAUUCCCGAAAAAAAAUGAAGUUUUCAUAAAAACAGAUAGAAUUUGAAAAACUGUUCAGAAAAUAAAAAUUUGAUCUCUUAUUGUAAGAUGUAUCAACAGGACCAGAGUUUCGUAGGACCAGAACUGUCUAAAGCUUCCAUUCUCGAAAAUCAUUCAUGAUAUUUUUGGAAGAACAUGGAUUUAAAUCUGACAUAGGAUUGACCUUCGAUCUUAAACAACAGCCAUAUCUAUUUAAAAUAAUGAAGAUAAUAAAUCCAGAAUUAUAAUCGAAAAAUGCAGACAUUGUUCGUUUAAAACUUAAACUUCUAAAUGAAGCCGGAAUCAGAACGAGAACCAAAAUACUUCCACUAUAGAAUGCAGGGUCGUCUACUUAAAGAGACGGUUACGCUGUACUAAAAUCAGAGAACCGUGACUCUAUUGUUAUAUCGCGUGAAAGGUGCGGACACUACUAGGGAUUUAUCGACGUAUUAUAGAAACUUCGCGAGUACUGUUUUCUCAUAGGGCCAUCCAAUAAAUAAUUAAUAAGGGAUAAAGAGAGAAGUACUCAGUCGUAGUAGCAGCGUUCGAUCAUUCACUAUUCACAAGCCAAUCAUAUCAUGGUUUAAAAGUAGAAAAGAGUUGCGAAGGUCGUGAUUAUUUCACGUUUAUAUUGUUCAAAUACCAGAGUCAUCGAGAUCAUCAUCGCGAAUGAAGAGGAGAAUAAAGAGAAGCAAAAGCGAACGGCGAAUUAAGUGCUACGUUUUCAUCGAAAGACAAUAAUAUAUUUUUAAGGUGACGAGAAUAAUAUUGAUACAUAUGUGUAUGUAUGAAUCUAUCUGUAUACGGAUGUGGCGAAUUUAGCGAAAAAGAAAGAAAGCGAGGCUCGCUCAAAGCGAACCUCGUCGUAGAAUCUUACUUAUAAGUUGUACUGAAGCACUUAAAUGAUUCGUUUUACGAUGCCAAGACUGACUAAAGCGCAUGCAGACGGCGAGAAACGACAACGGCGACAUAAAAGAACGAGGGGAGAGAAAGAAAGAAAAAAAAAGAAACGAUAAAUCGGUGUUAUGUUUGAGUGUUCGGUAGAGAGAUUUAAAUGGAUUUCCCGGAAAUAGAGGAA